UUCUCCUCUGUAAAUCUCCAUCUCCCGACAGAACACGCAGACCAAUCCUGUUCUAUUUUAUACAACUCCCUCGCACGUUCUCUUGUCCCUUCUUCCUCCUCGGACACUCGUCGUCGUAGGAGCCCCCACUGAUCCGCAACGCGUAGAGGCAAAACCCCCGAUGGCUCCUCACGGCGACGGAUCGGACGCUGCCGAGGAAGCCGCAGUCGUCGAGGCUGAGAAGCGUCCUAUUUCGACCAUCGUCAUCUUGAUCGCUAUGCAAACUGAAGCACUUCCACUGGUCGACAGGUUUCAGCUCAUCGAGGAUCGAGAGUCCUUGUUCCCUAAGGGGGUCCCUUGGGUUCGUUACCAUGGUACUUACAAACACUUGAACGUGAAUUUGAUCUGGCCCGGAAAAGAUCCUUCAUUCGGGGUUGACAGUGUUGGCACAAUUUCUGCAUCCCUGGUGACUUAUGCUUCUAUUCAGGCAUUGCAGCCUGACCUAAUCAUAAAUGCCGGUACCGCUGGUGGCUUCAAGGCUAAAGGAGCAAGCAUCAGCGAUGUGUUUCUGGCAUCUGAGGUUGCUUUCCAUGAUAGAAGAAUACCUAUCCCUGUUUUUGAUCUGUAUGGAGUUGGGUUACGACAGGCAUUCUCAACACCAAAUCUUGUGAGAGAACUCAGCUUGAAGGUUGGCAAGCUGUCGACUGGAGACUCUCUGGACAUGUCCCAACAAGAUGAAGCAUCAAUUAUUGCAAAUGAUGCAACAAUCAAAGAUAUGGAGGGUGCAGCUGUUGCUUAUGUAGCCGACAUCUUGAAAGUUCCUGCGAUAUUUGUAAAAGCAGUGACCGACAUCGUGGACGGUGACAAACCGACCGCGGAAGAAUUCUUGCAAAAUUUGGCGGCGGUUACUGCUGCCCUCGAUCAGACAGUCUCUCAAGUCGUUGAAUUCCUCAGCAGGAAGUGCCUUUCUGACCUCUGAGGCAUCAAUGUACAACUUAUCGAUUUGUAUGUACACGACAUUAACGCGUGCCUCCUGGAAUUCCUCUCCAUAUAGCUAUUCGAGUUGACCGACUGAGGAUGGCUUGGGUAAGAACAUACGUCUAGAUGCUUCGUGUUCCACGUGUACGGAAGUCGAUUUUUCAUGAGACCCGUUCGAUCAUAUUUGCGGGUCAAAAUCCUUCUUGUCGAUUGAAUCGUUCGCUUCACGCUGGGCGGACUUAUUCUCUUGAAUCACCUGUACAAGUUGCAUUUUGGACAUCUGUGGUUUUGGUUGCAGCAAUGUUUCAAAUGACAAAGAGUCACAUGGGGUUGUAAUAGUAAUCACGUUGUUCAGUU